AUGUGGGUCGAGCCCACGGCCCGGCCGUGCAAGGAGGAUCCACGACUAUGGAGCACCCUCGAGCAGAACGAUUUCUUCACAAUGCAAACAUUUCUGCCGUUCCUCACCCAGCGGCAGAUGGCCAAGGAAAAUGCGGCUAAGCAGAGUGGGAGUACAGUGGAACAUAAUCGCACGAUUUUUAGCCACUUCCGAGCUGAGCGAUCCGACGCCGAUGGCCCGCACCAGCAGGACUCAUCUGCACCGAUUGAUUGCUCGGUCCAGGAGACGCAAUCGAAGCCCUACAGAAUCAUUCUGAAAAUUGAUCUCUUCCCCAGCGUCACCAAGGCGCUCGGCACUUCUCCCGCUUUGGCCUCUGCGACCUCUCACCAGCUGCAACCCCCGCACUCGCUCACGGCAUCGCUCAGCGGGUGGAUCAGCCCACGGCGCAACACGACCAGUUUGCCCAAGCCGACGAAAGAGGACACCACCAAGUACCUGGUCGUGGUCGCUCACGCCGACAAAGAGCACCGCAUACGAGAGCACUGGAACUGGCUGCAGACCGUGCUGGUGCCGGCGCUUGCACAAUUCGACUUCACGACGGGCAACGCCGAUGAAGAGAACGAAGUCUAUCAGUUCAUUGUGCGCAAGAUCUCAGGUAUGGCCACGGAAGAGGACAUGCAGCUGACGCAGUCGAUGGCCGAACCAGCCCAGACGGGAUCGCGACUCUACACAUCCGACCAGGUCGUGUCGAUGAAGACCAAGAAGGACAUCCGCGGUCGUGCUCAGAAGGAGCCCAAGGAGCGCACGGCGUCCAAUGAACUGCGGCGGCUCAAGCGCCAGUUCAAGGAGGUCGUCACCGCUUUGGAGGGACCUUGGGACAAGGAGAAGCAGUCCCUCGUCGCCUAUGAUUCGUGUGCUCUGGCACGCGACGUCAAGCGAGCGGGCAUCCUGUGGAUCACGGCCAAUACGCUCUACUUCUCCUCCGAGUCGUGCAAGCUGCUGCUGCCCGUGCACGAGAUCCUCUCCAUUACGCGACACGCCUGCGCCGCAGUCAUCCAUUCGCCACCUUCCACACUCGACGAGUCCAUCGAACUAUGCACCGACAACGGCACUAUUCCCAUUUCACCACCAACCACGAAGUUCGUGUUCACCGACUUUGCGGGGCUGAAGGCCGAUGAGCUUUACAACGUGCUCGAGGAGCUGUGGGAAGUCACGCUCAACCGCAUUAUCAUGCACAUCGUGGCCGCAGCCGACGAGCCUACAUUCUUUCCCGCCUUUGUGUGCGAUGACGAUAUGCGGCAGUGGUACGCCGAAGCCGAGCUCGAUGAUGGCGAGAGCGAAGAGAGCGACUCGGUGAGUGAGAAGUCUUUGGAGACGUCCUCAUCGUCACCUUCGUCGGAAGAGACUGACAGUAGCGACCGCCACACGGGCGAACGUCACGCGCGUAAGCGGCACACCAAGACGAAGAAGAGGCGGCACCACCAUCACAAGAUGACUCGCGACUCCAAGCGACUGAAGAGCGACGGCGACGAUGAUGAUGAAAAGAAGCAGAGCCAAGAAGAGCGGCGGCGGGAGCGACGCGAGCGGCAGGCCGAAAUGCUCCGCAAGUUCGAAGCCGAGCUGCCCGAGGCGGAUCGAUACACGGGCUCGCGCUGUUACUUGCGACCGAUGAGCACCGACGUGCUGGCCUUCCCGACACCCCUCACCCAUUCCUCGCUCCUCGAGAAGCGGCAGCUCAAGCAAUUCCGCAGCCUCUUCCGCCUGCCGCGCGAUCAGAGCCCGCUUGACGUGUCCGAUUGCUCGGUGCUGUGGAUGCGCAACAAGCCCGAACGCCACGCGGGCAAACUGUACAUCACCGAACGUUUUGUGUGCUUCCACAGCGAAUACGAUCAACAGAACUUUGUCUUCUCGCUGUUCCUCGGGGACAUCGACGUGUGCAAGCUCAAGGACGAACAGAGCAAGGCCCUCGUCGACAAGAAGGAAGCGUCGGCCAAACGCAAUCCCUCGCCACCGCGGAAGCGAGGCCUCUUCUCUUUUGGUAACAGUCCAGUUUCAGCGCCGGACAAGGAGCGCACCUACCUGGUGUUGUUUGUGGGCGCCAACAAGAUGGUGUUUGACAUCCACAGCACCGAUGCGCAGCCGGCCUCGAAGCGAGCCAAAAGCGUCCACCGCGCGAUGUCCGAGCGGAUCGUGGGCGCACGUAACGCCGUGCCUCCCGCUCCGGGCGACCACCACUCCGUCCGACCCACGCCCAGGAAAAUGUACCCCGGGGUCGAUGUACAGCUGUAUGGCAACCCUCGACACUUCAGCGAUGACUACCUCGUGGAUCAGGUGAAACAAGAGGUGCUGUGGGAUGAAUACUUCACUGAGUACGGGCGGGGCAAGGGCAUGCUCCAGAACCGACAGCAGCUCCACCAGCUCCUCUCCAACGGCGGCGUCAUUGAACACCUCAUCGGUGAGCUGUGGCAGGAACUGUCGGGUGUGAGCAUGCUGCGAGCACUGGGGCGGGGCGAAUACCACCAGAUCCUGGCGACUUUCAAGGCCCACACCAGCCGCCACAUUUACCAGAUCAAGCUCGACGUCAAACGCAGUUUCCCGGAGCACGGCUUCUAUAGGAGCGAGGAGGGCAUCUCGAAGCUCACGCGUCUGCUCACGGCCUACUCGUGGCGCAACCCACACAUCGGCUACACCCAGGGCAUGAACCUGAUCUCGUCGGUGCUGCUGUGCUUCAUGUCCGAGGAAGAGGCCUUCUGGGUGCUGGCCUACAUAUGCGAGGUGCUGGUCCCCGAGUACUACACCCCGGGGCUCUUCGGGCUCGUUGUCGAUCAGCGCGUGUUCGACGAGUUGGCGAAGGAAUGUCUGCCGGUUCUCUAUGCCGAGAUGCAGGAGAGGGAGACGCCGCUGGUCCUCUCAUCUUCGGCCUGGUUCAUGGCCCUCUUCGUUGGCUUCCUGCCCUUCGAGUCGCUUCUGUGGAUGCUCAACCUGCUGCUGUUCGAGGGUCCCGGGAGCGGGAUGCUGUUCAAGACGGGCCUCGCCAUUCUCAAGCUCAAGGAGAAGGAGAUCAUCGCCAACGCCGACGCCAACCCCAUCUCCCUCGCCGCCUCCAUCCAAUGCGGCGACCUCAUCCACUCGAUGCGGGAACUCGAGGAGGGCGGAGCGCUGAGCCUCGAACGCAUCGCGGCGCUGCGGAAGAAGCACCGCUGCCGGCUGGUCAAGGAGAUGCUCAGCGCGAGCCACCUCACCCCGGCCAUGUUCGCCUACACCACUGCCACGGGCGUCGCUGCAUCUCCGUCGCUACCGACCGCCACCACCGCAUCGUCGCUGCCAUCGACGCCCGCGGCCGAUGCUGAUGCAGUGUCGAGCACGCCGCCGCUGCCCCGGGCGGGCGGCACCGGUGCAUCGCCAUCGCCGUCUCCGGAGAGCGCACGCCGGGCCGGCGGUCGGCCGCCCGUACCGCGCCAGCCUAUCCCCACCCUCACUCGCGCUGCCACCGAGUCCAACUUGGUGUCCAGCAAGGAGAUUGCUCUGCGCAGGCCUGCGCUCGACACAGGCGCCGAUCAGAAGCCCAGCCUAGGUCGUCUGGUCCACACCAACACCGGCUUGAACAUGUCGGUGCUGCAGAAGAGGCGAAGUUUGAAGGACAGCCCCCACCUGUCGGCAGGCGGCGGUGUGCUUGACGCCCUCAUGUCGUCGUUCAACAAGUCCAAGAACAAGUUCGGCCGCAAGAAGAAAAAGUCAUCCAGGCGAAAGAAAAAGAAGGCGGAGGCGUCGGGCAGACGCAAGUCUUCGGGGCGAAGCCGAGGCCGAGGCGACGCGGAGGAGAGCGAAAGCGAAAGCGAGACGUCGGCCUCUGAGUCGGAGACGGAGGAGCUCUACGACGGCCUGAAGCCGCAGAGUCUGGAGAACUUCCUGCUGGGCAAGCGGCCCGACGGCAAGUUCCGCGCGCCCGCCAUCCGCUUCUCCGAGUCCAUGGUCAACCUCCACUCGCCCUCCAUGCUCGCCUCCUCCACCACUGCUUCCUCUUCCUCUUCUUCCAAUUCUCUCUUCACGUCGUCGGCCUCUCAUCAACCAUCGGCGGGGCGACGACUGCCGGCCAUAACGAUGACGACGCCGGCGACGAUGACGACUGCGGCGGCGGAUGCGCCCCAGCCGGUGGCCAAGGUGGGGAGCAGGCUGCGCGGGAUGGUGAGCCGAGCGAAGGACAAGGCCAAGGACCAGGUGACCCAGCGCGUGCGCGCCAGGAAGGGACACGAAAGCGAAGACGAAGACAGCGGUGAUAGCGAAAGCAGCAGCAGCGACGAUGACGAAGAGCGCCCAGCGCCACCACCACGCCGCUACCCUCGGAGGAUGGAACAGGUGGAGGACUGA